AUGGAGACCGUGGGGCUAGCAGAAGAAGCCACCGUGGAGCCGGAUGAACCACCCAAUGCCCCUACGCCAAGUACGAGGGGUUUUGCCGGUUUGGCGUGUUCUGACAAUUGUGCCACUUUCGUUUCUAUAUCUGAUACAUAUUGCACCAGUUCCCAGCAGCGUGCGACACUGCGUUUCAUGACGUUUUUGGACUUUGUAAUGCCCGUCGAAUUUUUUAUGGACCCUUACGUUACAGUGCCUUUUCUUGCGGUGCUUCCGCCACAGCGUGAAAGUGCUGCGUGUGGAGCAAGUCAUAGUGUGGCAGGUUCUACCGCUAGGGAUGUAGUAAACUCUGCGGAGGCAGCGGGUUUUUCCUUUGGGGUGCCUCCAGAGCGGUUUAUCACAUGGCAUGAGAUGUGGAAGACCCUUGUGCUGUGCGGGGUCAAGCGACACCACUGCCAGGACGCGCUGCGAAAGCUGUGGGUGUACCUUCUCCUCCUGUGCUACGGCGGGGCAGCGGGGCGUAACCCGUGCGAGAGGUGGAGGACCUCGCAACUGCCCGGCACGAGCACCGGCUACAACGGCGACGUCGUAGGCGACUUCGCUGUGCUGGUUCGGUAUGAUGCGUUGGACGACUUCCUGCGCUCUAUCCGCUGUCGUGGCGUCAUUGACAGGAGCAAAACCGUCCACUUUGCCGAGUUUGCCGCAGCGGUCGCCUCUCCGCCAGGGACGCAGGCGCCUGCACCGCCCGCCAGGUACACGCUUGUGGUCACCAGGCACACCUUCGACCGCUGUAUAGCCGGGGUGCUGAGCCGUGAACUCCGCGGGCAACGCCUCACGGUGACGCCACUGCCGCGCUGGAGCGUGGCGCAGGCCAUUGUGCAGAAUCGCAGGCCACUUGUGGUGUUCUGUGGUGGAACCAGCGGUUGUGGCAAAAGCACGCUUUCUAGCCUUAUUACCACGCAUCUUUGCCUUCACACGCUGCUCUCCACGGACACAAUUCGUCAGUCGCUUCGACGUACGCUGCGACCUGAGAAGUACCCGGAGCUGUUGGUGUCCACCUACGAGGCUCACAGGGCCAAAGGCGGCGGUGGCACUCCCAUAGGGACGGGGGCGAGAAGCGAAGAAAAGGAGGUGGACCCGCAGCUUCUUAUUGCUGCGUACGAAAAGCAAUGUGAGGUGGUGCUUCAGGCUCUGGACGGCUUACUUGAAAAAUUCAUUGGCCGCAGUCAGGCGGUGGUAGUAGAGGGCGUCCACCUGCUGGCGACGUACAUGCAGCGCAAGUCGGUGGAGCUGCGGGCACGUGGUGUGUUGUGUGUGCCGUUCAUUGUCUGCAUCGCAAAGGAGCAGCAGCACGUGGAGCGGUUUUGCACCCGCGCUAAAUGCAUGGCGCUCUCCCCAGAUCGCAAUAAGUAUGUCUCGCAGUUUCGCCACAUCCGUCUCAUCCAGCAACAUCUGCUUGAACAGGCGUAUGCGCUCAACAUGCGCGUUAUAAACAACACCAACCUUGAUCGGUCGCUGAUGGAGGUUCACACGUACCUGCUGGAUAGUAUCGACCAUGGCAUGACCACCGCCGUGUGGGAUGGACACCGGUCGGUCGCUGUGGACAGAAGCGAUGCCACGAAGUCUGCCACCGCGUCUUCGGCAGACACACAUGCGAGGGCACCGCUAGAGGAGGCGGUUGUUGCGGAGAAGCCAAGAGGGAGCGGCAACGAUGAUCCUCAGCCUCACUACCACCACCCUUUUGCGGAUCCGAACAUCAACGGAAAACGCAUGCUUGCCCUGCUGCUCAGGUGGCGCAGUGAAAAGACGAAGCGACGGGCAACCGAUGCCGCCGCCGCCGCCGCCACCGGUGAUGGUGCUGGUGGUGGUGGGAUUCACCUUGCGACGUCAUUGCUUGCGUUCGCCAAAAGGGCCCGAUCCGCGGAGUCUCUCACCCCUUUUCGCCUGCAGGUGCUUUGCAGCUACUCAUGUUUGGGCGACGCGAGUGACGGAUUCCCCGCGCAGGGCCGAAGAAACGAGACGACAGGCUUUGACGUAUGUGGCUCGAAGAGGGCUGUGUUUGCAGGGGCAGAUGCGGGUGCCGAACGAUUUCGUUGCCAUGGCAGCUCACCCAUGUCGUUGCGGCCAGCAUUUUCACAGCCGCAUUGCGGCUUCUUUCGGAAACGUCCAGAGGAAAUCCACCAUGCGGUGCCACGCAGAGGUCACCCGUUACGGAGACUCCCUGCAGCCGCAUUCUCCACCCCCGCCCCGGUUGGCCGGGGCGGGAAGGUGUUUCGCUCUGCCAGCGCGGAUGCUGCUGCUGAGGCCGUUGAAGACAACCGAGCACAGCCGCAAAGCGGUAACCUGGGGAGAUCCCCUCCAGGUAUGUCAAUGCCAGGGUGCAAGUUGCGCGCCGCCACGAGGCAUAACAAAAAAAGUGGGGCGGAUACACGUGCAGUGAAGGAAAAGGAAGAAGAGCAAGAGGAUGGGGGCUGGUGUGAGCUUCCAUCUUUGAUGGGAAGCUGA